GUUGUGGACCAGGUCACGCCCUUUUAGGUAAAACGAGACGACCACGAACUGCAUUUACGUCCCAACAACUUUUAGAAUUAGAAAAACAGUUUAGGCAAAACAAAUAUUUAUCCAGACCCAAGAGAUUCGAAGUUGCUACCAGCUUAAUGCUGACGGAAACGCAGGUGAAAAUAUGGUUCCAAAACAGGCGGAUGAAGUGGAAAAGAAGUAAAAAGGCCCACCAAGAGGCCAAGUCCUCGAAAGACGGGGAAACAACCAAACAGCAGUCCACCACUCCAAAUCCCUCUCAGAAUAACUUUAAACCAAGUGCUUCCAUAUCAAACCAAGAGAGCGCAGAAACGCCAGUACCCCUCAUAGAGGCCAGUCAGAGUGACCUAAGAAAAAUGCACGAAAGCGAAUCUCUAUACAGACCUUACGUUGUGUAAAUAAAUUAAGGUUGUUCGAAUUAUUUAUUGAUUGUUACAUAUUUUUAUUUCGGAAAUCAUUAUAAUAGUAUUAACUAACUAUUAUAUUUGCUGGAUAAAAUUAUAGUGAAACUUGUAAGAUAUUGUAAAUAUAAGAAAUAAUUUAUUAUCUAGUGGUAGUUCAUGUUCGAUUUCUCGCAUUAAGUUAUAUGAGUACUACCUCAUUAUUUUUUACUGUUCAAAACUGUACAUACUAGGACAUAAAUGAGAUAAGUGAAGUACGAGAAAUAAAUUAUG